AUGCUGCACUACGCUGUGGCCCUCUGCCUCCUGGCUGUGUCCUGGGCACAGGACUGCCAGGUCUCCAGCGUCCAGGUCAUGCAGAACUUCGACAAGACAAGGUAUACAGGGAUAUGGUACGCAGUUGCAAAGAAGGACCCAGAGGGUUUGUUCUUAAUUGACAACAUCGUGGCCGAAUUUAUUAUCGCUGAGGAUGGCUCAAUGACUGCCACUGCUAAGGGCAGAGUGAUCAUCCUGAACAACUGGGAAAUGUGUGCUGACAUGUUGGCCACCUUUGAGGUAACCCCUGACCCCGCUAAGUUCAGGAUGAAGUACUGGGGAGCCGCCUCAUACCUGCAGACUGGAAACGAUGACCACUGGGUCAUUGACACCGACUACGACAACUACGCCAUCCACUACUCGUGCAGACUGGUGGAUUCUGACGGCACCUGCCUGGACGCUUACUCCUUCAUUUUCUCUCGCCAUCCCACCGGUCUGAGGCCGGAGGACCAGCGCAAUGUGGUCCAGAAGAAGACCGACCUCUGCCUGCUGGGCAAAUACAGACGCGUUUCACACACUGGCUUCUGUAAUAGCAGCUGAUCUGUUUACACACGUCUGGGACGAUGUGACCCCCCCUCCCCCCAAUCCCCUCUGAUGUCUUGGACUGACUCCCACCAAAAUGGUCCCUCCUCUGCUGUCUUUGUUUUUCCUAACAGAGAAAGCAGCCCAUUAUUCGUUUAAAAUGGCAAACUAUAAAUACACUCACAUGACCUAAUUGUGAACAGAACGGAAGGAUUACUGUGGAUGCUGGUUUGUUGUCACUUUAUCAAAAUGUCCCUAUUAGUACAGAAGAUUAUGGGCCUUUUAACAUUUUAGUCCUAUCAUCAACAUCUGUCACGUGUUGCCUUAAACAGCCUUCUUAAUAAAAACCAAUGGAAUUUUCUUACUGUGAGUAAAUGGAACAUAUCAGAUCACUAAAAAUCUACUUUUGGAGCUCUUCAGGCCAUUGUGAGGAAUAAGUAGGUUCUAAAGUGAAGCUGAAUUAUCUGCAUUAUUGCAAAUACGCAGCUAUUAGCACCAUGUCUACCACAAAACCAGGUUCACAAGUCACUGGCUUGCUUUUACACUGAAGUACGUACAGUAUCUUGUAGCACAACAUCUAAUAUUGUUAAUAAACCUAAAUACCUACACAUUUAGUCAUCUGCUCUAAAGGUCUAUUAGUUUGGUUGUAACUUGAUUGUAUAAUGUAUACCUCUUGAUCCAGUUUUGGGAAAUAAAACGUUCAAUAUGUGUCGGUUCA